AUGGCUGCUGCAGUAUAUCUAAAAGUAACAGACGCUAUUGGAAGAACUUCAGUAACUCUCUUAUAUACCAAAACAGAAGUCGCUCCGCUAAAGCCGCUAACCAUUCCAAGAUUGGAACUCAAUGCACCAAUAUUACUCGCAAAGCUGACUCGCUACGUUAAGAACACCUUAAUAUUAGAGAAUGUCCAAACAUAUUUGUGGACAGACUCUGCGGUAACACUCGCUUGGAUAAAUAGUCAGGCAGCUCGCUGGAAAACUCAUGUCCGCAAUAGAGUUGUCACCAUUCAGGAAUAUUCCAACAACGCUAGUUGGAAUUUUAUCGCUAGGAAGCAAAAUCCUGCUGAUUGUGCUUCCAGAGGGCUUUCAGUAGCAAAACUGCUAGAAUAUUCUCUAUGGUGGUCAGGUCCUCAAUGGAUUAGUACAUCUUCAGAGGACUGGCCAACGUUCGCUAUCCCCUGUCAUAAUACAGUGCAUACAGAGGAACGUCCAGGUCUAAGCUUCGCAUUAUUCGCUAGCACAGAUUCGGACCCGCUGCAGACUCUCUUGGAAAGGUGUUCGACUCACUCUAAGCUGCUCAGAAAUAUCCUGAGAGUAGGAGGUCGUUUGAAAAAUUCGCUUCUGGACAGUCAGCAGAAGCAUCCAGCUAUUCUGCCAAAACACUCGCUACUGACCUCAAUGCUAAUUGAUUACUCGCAUAAGAAGGCGUUCCAUGGUGGAACUCAACAGACACUCGCAGACUUGAGACAAUCUGUCUGGAUCAUUGGUGGUCGAGUUCCAGUCAGAUCUCAUAUUUUACGCUGCGGAGUGUGCUCCCGGCACCGAGGUGUCCGAGCACAACAGUUGAUGGGGCAACUGCCUCCUGCUAGAGUAAUUCCUUCCCGAGCGUUUUUACAUACUAGGUUGGAUUACGCAGGGCCUGUUACGCUCAAAGCUUUCCAAGGAUGUGGAACGAAGACAUAUAAGGCUUGGAUCGCUGUUUUUGUUUGCUUCGCUACAUCAGCAAUCCACAUUGAGAUUGUAACUAACUAUUCAUCCGGGGCCUUCAUCGCAGCUUAUAAAAGAUUUGCUAGUCGCAGAGGCAUUUGUGAUACCAUCUACUCCGACUGUGGCACAAAUUUUGUGGGAGCAGAUGCGUUGCUAAAGAAAGAUUUCGCUGCAGGAUCGAAAUCGCUAAGAGAACUCACCAGUUUACUCACUAAGGAUGGCACAAAAUGGAAAUUCAAUCCACCAGGAGCACCGCACUUCGGGGGAAAAUGGAAAGCAGCAGUUGUCUAUCAAGUUUCACCUGUCAAAAACGAUCGGUGA